UUGUUCUCCCCAGACUACUUCAAUUUUGAAUUCUUAUAAAUAAAGGUGUCCCUCCCCUUCUUGCUAAAUAGAUGAUACAAAGAAGUUUAGAGGAUAGCCAUGAGUAGAGGUGAAAGCUCUGGAGGUGGUCAGAGUUCAUUGGGCUACCUAUUUGGGUCUGAUAAACAACCAAAUGCACCACCGGCCUCCCCAGUGGUUUAUAAACCGCCAUGGGGCGACGAUAACAGCACAGAAAAAGCACCUAUUAUGUCUUCUCCUUCCCCGAAAUCAAACAGUUCCAACAAUUCUCCCAAAGCUCAUGGCCAGAACGUAGCAAACAUCAUUACUGGACGUCCAACUACGAAGGUUAAAUCAGUUCCAGGUGGAGACUCAUCUCUCGGCUACUUGUUUGGAGAAAAGUGAUGUUGCUCUCUCCCAAUCUCUUUCUCUAGUAGAUUAUUAUUAAGUUGUGGGUUUCUACUAAAAGUCUUAGUGAUUUCAGUUUCGAUCAUCAUGUGGCUUUACUGAGUGCUUUAUUGUUGUUGUAGUUUGGUCUAUCAUAGACAAGGAAAGGGGUUAGACUCACUGGAAAAAGGCACCAGAUGGAUUUCUAAACUUAUUCUGAUGUCUAAAAUAAGGGAUGAAGUUCCCACCAAUGCAUGUGUAUAUUUUGUUUGCUUUAUUCAUGGUGA